GUCAUUUGUCAGGUUGACAUAUGUGCAAUGGUGUCGACAAUCGUAUUUUAUUAAAUUAUAAUUUUGAAAAUUGAAACAAGUUAAAUUACUACACAUGUCACGAAAGUUAUAAAUUUCCUUUAGUUAAUGUUAACAUCAUAUUAAAUUAUGGCUACAAAUUACGUAAAGUAUGCUCAGUUGAUUACAGGAAAGUCAAAUUAUGCUCGGCGAAUGAAAAGGUUAUCCAAUAAAAUUUUUGGAGAAGUAGCAACACCUACAAAUGCAACUUCUUUGAAAGUGGUUCAGAUGUUCGAGAGCCGACCUCUUCAUACAAAUGAAGAAAUAAUUCAUUAUUAUCCGCGUCAUAUUGAGACUCACGCUCUAACGUCUAAGCUGAGAGAGUAUGGUUUGUUCCGAGAUGAACACCAGGACUUUGUUGAAGAAAUGAAGAGACUUAGAGCGUUGCGUGGGAAAGUAAAGGUCUGGAGACAAAAGCCCGAUGGUGAGAAAAAUGAAUAAUAAAAGUUUAUCGAUAUCAAAACUUUGUGGGUGGCAAUUGAAAAUGUUAUGCUAUUAUAGUUCACAUUGAUAUGUUCAGGAUACUUUAAGGUAAUUUGUAAAUAUGAGGAGUAGGUUAGCAGAUUGAAUAAAGAGAAAAUCUAAUA